CAGGUUCGAGUUCAGUAGCCGAGCCUUGUGACUAUUGUUGUUGGUCUUUCCUGCUUGAGAGUUGGCAUGGUUUUCGUAGCGCAUUAGUUCAGCCUUAGCGAUUAGCAGUUCCGCUGAUUGGCGCUUUGAUUUAUUCCGCCUUGCGCUUGAGUUUGUUUUCAUGAGCUUUAAUUCUAGCGAGGGCGCGUGUCUGAAAACACCAGGGUUCUUUGUCGUGUCUCGGUUUAUGCCUGGUCACUAUGUUUGAGUCGACUCCAAAAUCGACUCAUUACACACGGAUUAUGCCUGGUCACUAUGUUUCAUAUCGCGACCCUUCGACUACCAACCCUCGUUCAGUUGACCUUAGCUAGCACGGUAACCGUAGGCUAACACGCUGACCCACAGGCUGACACACGCCAACCCACAGGCUGACACACGCUAACCCGCAGGCUGGCACACGCUAACCACAGGCUGACACACGGUAACCCACAGGCUGACACACGCUAGCCACAGGCUGGCACACGCUAAUCUUUCUACGACGCAAUGACGGCGAGUGCCGACAGCGCAGGAGUUGGAGGUCAGCUGCAGGUGUCGGUGGUCCAGGGCCGACACGUCAGACAGCCAGGCGAGGACGCUGACUCGCCACGUGGCACCAUCGUGUCCGUCCAGCUCGGCGGUCAUCAGAUCCGAACGAAGCCCAAGGCGGGUGCGUCGCCCAAGUGGCUACAGGACUUCAAGCUCCCCGUGGAGUCGACCCUGCUCUUCUGGUGCCAGCAGCACGAGUCCACGAAGCAGCAUGUCACUCAUAAGGAGCCGGAGACUGGGAAUAAAAAGGAGCCAGAGACGAAGGAACAGCAUGAGAAUAAAAAGGAGCCGGAGAAUGGGAAGCAGCCUGUGGAUCACGACCACACAGGCAACGGACCAUCUCUCCUGAUAGAGCUCCUCUUAGCAGACGAAGCUGCUCCCACCCAAUCUCAAUCCGCCAUGUCAGCGUCUGGCUCGGCAUCCGGCCAGUGCCUCGGCCGAGCCUGCGUGCCGCUGGCAGGGCUGCUGGGGGGGGCGACGGUGGUGCGGUGGUACCAGGUGGCGGACAACGAGGGCUGCCUCGUGGGGGAGAUCUGUGUCGUCUCGCGCUUCCUCCGCCCCUCCGCCUCUGGCUCCUCCUGCUCCUCUGGAGCAAGAACGCCCGUAGGCAGUGGCGCCCGGACCCCUGGAGGCUCAAAUCUAGCACCCCCACUCAAGGAGGUGAAAUACCCCUCAACCCCUCCUGCUGCUGCUACUGCUCAUGCUGCUGCUGCCACCACUGGUGCUGCUGCCACCACUGCGGCUUCAUAUGUUCCGGAUGCUGGCUCUGAUGCAAAGAAGAGAGGGGAGGUACGGGUGCCUGACAGUGGUGUGGGGGAAGUCAGACAUGGGAGGGACGCUGCUCCCAUUGACGCAACAACAGGAGGAGAAGCAACAGCAGCGGGGCGAGGAGGAAGAGGAGGACAGGCUGUAGAGGUACGAGCAGGGGGGGCGGCGGCAGGAGAAGCAGCAAGUGGAGGCGAAGGUCGGUCAGGAGAAGGGGGAGGAGGAGCAGCAGCAGGAGAAGCAGGGGGGGAAGGAUACAUGAAAGGAGAGGCAUCUCACAGCCAACGGCCGGCACCUCCUCCCUCCUCGUCCGCAGUCCCUGCUAGCUCAGCAGCCCGCAGCAGUGUGGGCAACACGUUAGCAGCAGCAGCAAAAGCAGCAGGGGCUCGAGGCAUUUCUCACGGCCGUUCCCACCAGCAGCAGCAGCAGCAGCAGUCGCCACACAGCAGCAGGAAGGGAGGGAGGGCACGGAGACGGAGGGCAGGGGCGCGGGGGGGGAAGGGGCAGGGGGGAGGGGAGGGGGGAGGUGUGUGGAGCGCGGGGCAGGUGCUGCUGGGCGUGGCAGGGGCGCUGUUUGGCGUGGCGGUGCUGUCAAUGGUGGUCAGGAGGAGACAGAGGAGACUAGCACUGCUGCAUGAGGUCCAAAAGGGAGAGACCAUGUGCUCCAUUGCGUCUCGCUAUUGCGUGAAUCCCGAUAAAAUUAUAGAUGCGAAUGUGGCUGAGGGGAUUGACGAUCCAGACGUUAUAUACCCUGGUGAUGUGAUUCUCAUUCCUCCGACUUAGCUGGAGGUGCAAUGGGGUUGGAGUGGGCUGGAUUACGUUGGUACCAAUCCAAGGCCGUUUUUCUCAACGUUCUACUUCUACUGCCUCUCAUCGGGUUUGAUAGGGUAGGGUGCAAUCUACAUCUCCUAAUAAUGUUUUCAAGGGUGAGGGUGCCUGCCAUGGGUUGUAGUACCGGUACUAUGUUAAGGUCGGGAGUUUAGUCCAGUAGUCG